AUGAUAUUGGGUAUGGAGAUUGAGAGAGACAGGGUGAAGGGGAGGUUGAAGUUGAUACAGAUGAGCUACUUGCAAAAGAUGCUGAAGAAAUUUAGUUUUGAUGGUAAUGCCAAGGUGAUGAGUACUCCAUUAGAUCAUCACUUUAAGAUAUCAGCUAAGAUGUCACAUGUUUCAGUUGAGGACCGUGAAUACAUGUCUAAAGUUCUAUAUGCCAAUACUGUGGGUAGCUUGAUUCUACAACGGUAUAUCAAAGAUACCGUGGAUGUUGGUUUGGUGUUUGAGAAGAAUGGAAGAAAUGGGUAG